AUGAGAAAUCCUAAUUGCCUAAUAAGAGUAUGGUGGAUCAUUGUCUGUGUUUUUAAUGUAGCCCUACUUUUGCUCAGUUUAAUAUAUAUUUUGGCAUAUUUUACGAAGUGGCGCCAUGACAACACAAUCACACAAAACCUCUUCAUAUGUAUACUUGCAUUGGAAUUAGGUCCACGGAUUGUAUGUGUUUUGCUAUUAUGGUGGCAUUACGCAGCCAAGAAAUAUUUUACAUUUUGGGAUUCGAUUGCCGUUUUUUGCUGUAAAAAAGAAGCUUACUUGAUUGGCGGUGAAAAAGCACUAACCAGACGACAAAUACGAACAUUAGGGAACUGUUCAGACGCAAUCACUUUUUUUUACUUGAUAUUUAUGUGCGUCGCUUUGUACAUCAAUUUCGGGAAUUUCAGAACGAGUCUUAGUGAAGGAAUUACUAACAGCGAUAUAAAGGAGCAAGUACGUAAUGGGAUCGAUGGACUCGGGGAAGGAAUCAAAAAUCCUCUAGAAAAUUCUGGUCAUGCUGAUCGAAAGAUAUUAACAAUAUUAAUUGGAUUAGUGCUUCAAGCAAUGAUUUUAUCACUAAGAGUUAUUUUGAGAUUAUUAUCUGAGUGCAGCGCAGCAGUUGAUGCUAAUACCGAUGAGAGAGGCAAUUCUUAUACAUGGACAGUGUAA